AUGGCGAGCCCAUUCGCUGCUCUGGCAGCCCGUCUUGCUAUCAGUGCGGAAGGAGCAUUGAAGAGAAAUUUAACUCUAGAUAGGAGCGUCGCAAUCGCUCGCUCGAUAUGGCCUCAGGCAAGAGUUGCGCCGGUGGGCAGCUUUGCGAAUGGCACAAGUUUACAUGGGAGUGAUAUCGACCUUGUGGUCGAUACGCGGGGGAUUUACUCCCGGGCCGGCGCCGGUAUCUGGGCACAAAAAAUGGAGGAUGAACUUAUCAAAAAUAGGAUCACCAAACCAACGACCACGGCGGUUCACGCAAGUGCCCGUGUGCCCAUUGUAACCUAUAUAGACUCGAAGUACCUUAUCGGCGUAGACAUAUCAUUCACGACCAAUGGACUCACCAACACGGAGUAUGUCAGGAGAGAAUUGGACGAGCGUCCUUACAUGAGGACAAUGAUAAUAUUGCUCAAGUACUGGCUCAAAUCAAGGCGUUACAACAAAGUUUACACCGGCGGUCUCUCGUCGUACGGUCUUGCGUUGACUGUCAUUGGUUAUUUCAAUGUCCGAAAAACGGUCAAGGCACGCAACUGCACAGUCGAGGAUUACCAUAGAUGGAUAGAGGAGAGAGACUACCAACGCCUGCUGGUUGACUACCUCGCCUUCUGGUCUUGUCAGUGGAAGUUGGCCUCUACCAUGCUAGAGCCCGCAGAAGGUGCCAUCUACAAAAAGGGUACGAAGGGCCACUGCGGCAAAGCGCGUAACUCCCUCCUCUGUAUCGCCGAUCCCACCGACCCCACAAACGACGUCACAAACGGAACCUACAAGAUCUUUAAACUCCGCGAAGCAAUGAAAGUCCUGCGUAACAAAUUAGAGACCGUCCAGCAAGACGUCGAGCUUGACGCUCUGGAGAAUAUCUUCAAAAAGACCGGGAGGGAGUGGCCGGAGGAUGACCAAAGCAGACAGAAGUUUAAGGGAAAGAGUGGCAAGGCAAAGAGUAAACAAAUUAAGAUGAGGAAGAUUCGUAAGCCAGGAAUGGUUGGCACUGCGAUCAGGCGAGUGACAUUUUCAGCAGACUAA